AUGUCACAGGUACCUUUCUACCUUGCCGUUAAAGCGUCCAAAGAUUACCUCUCCCCGCAACGAAGCUGUGAAGCUGACUUCUGUUAUGAUCUAGUGGAAUACGCGGAUCCAUCUGGUACAUAUCCCUCCCUAAGCCCUGAGCUUCGCCGUCGACUACCUCUGCGUCAUCUCCACUGGAAAUCAUCAUCACGCCCCGUUCGAACUAUCGACUCUCUCCACGUUACGCUCAUUGCGGACGAAGGACCGCUCGAUGCCAACGACAACCGGCCAGCACCCAAGGGCGAGAGCCCGCGGAAAGAGAGAAGGCAUCAGAUCCCUGGCUUACGACAAACGCCAUAUCUGAAAAUUUAUUUCCUGCAAUGCAUUGACGUUGAUAAUUACAAGGUGAAUUCAAGAAAGUUGCUGCGAGAUUGGGUCAAAGAUCACACUCCACCAUCUCAAAGCAGUACCUCGCUCACCAAACAAGAGAAUCAUGAUGCUUUCGAAUGGCUCAUUGUUCACGUGCUUCCAGCAUCUGCGGACGAAGAUACAUCCAGACCCUCCAGUGUUGCCAGAACCGAGUCAGAGAAAAGGUCAAGCUCUUCAAGAUGGCCUUCGCGCAGCUCCUCUAGCGUCAUUGAAAAGAUACGUGUGGAUUUCAAUGGAACGUCUAAGAACGCCGUGGAUCGUGUUGCUCAAGUCCAGGUAGCAGACUAUCCGGGAGAGGACUCAGGGGGGGGCCAGCUACGAUCUCAAGACGACAAGAAUGGCUGGGGAGAUUUUGUCGCAAAAAUGAAAUCACUGAUACUAGCGUCUUUUGACCUGAGAGUGAACCAAUAUGAGGAAGAUAUUAGGGAGAAAGAGCUGCAAAGGAACCUUCCUGGUUGGAACUACAAUACGUUCUUCGUUCUGAAAGAGGGUCUCGCUAGGGGCUUCGAAAAUGUCGGGUUGACGGAGGACGCUUUAACUGGCUAUCACGAGCUUGCUGCUGGUCUGAAUGCGAUCGUGGAUGUUCAAAGUGGUAAGGACACUACUGAACAGCAGGCAGCCCUCUUCAGCGACUAUACAGAGGAUCUGGUUGAGUCAUUCAAGCAGAUGAAACGAUGCAGCAAAAGCACUCAAACAUCGUGGCACGAGAAGCCGCAGGUUGUUGAUCUAGGUGCCUGCAUUUUAAAUACAGAUCGGAAACCCUUCCGAGAUCUGAUCCUUGCGAAUAAAAUCUCCUCUUUUGACUUCCAAUGUUACGUCUUCGCCCGUCAAGUGUCCCUUCUACUGCGUCUAGCAGACGUGGCUGUUCAAAGUUAUCCCCCAACGAAUGGUGCGAUCGUUGGAGGUGGCAGCGACGCGCAUUUUGAUGUCGGCACCCGAUUCUUGAAGCCCAGUGGCGAAGAUCGAGAAGACCUUACCAUACUCGCCGAAGUGGCUCAGAGAGCUUCCAAUUUCAUCAACUCCGUUGCUACAACUAUUCGAAAUGACAUCAGGUCUGGGAUACACCCAUCAGACGACGACCAGGAUGAAAAUGGUGGCUUCUCAUAUAUCGUGCACGAAGAGAUUGUUGAAAAUCUGGUAGCAUCGUGGGUUAUCUCUGCAAGCAGAUGCAUCCUGGAAGCAACAUCGGCAAAUUCACUGUCUGCUCAGCUUGAUCCUCUUUUACGUCAGCUGAAGUCUUCCAUUAAAUCAAGCAUGGGGGACAACGAAAGGGGGGUGGGACCUAUCAUUGACACCGUCUAUCGUAAGGGUCUACCUGACAGAACAAGCUCACUGAAAGCUCACGCUUCCGUGUUGCCACACCCGCCUAUUCAGGAGAACUUUCCCUCGGUGACCUUAUUGGAUGCCGUAAGACUACUACCGCCUGCUACCUUCCAUCCAGGUGCUCAAGAACUAGCCUCGCGGCGAGGAGAUUUACUUGCUCUGGCCAGACGAGCUCUUAGUGGUCUUGGGCUUCAACAUGUUAAUCGUCAAGGAGGUCUGGCUGAUUUAGGCAUGGUAUCUGGGGCUGAAGAGGAAGAGAUGCACGAUGUGAAGCUGGAAGACACCAGAGAGCAAGAAGAAAAGCCGCUCGAGAGCUUACCAGUCACUGCACGAGCUCCAACCACCGCUGGGUUAUGCAACAGAAAGUUAUUCUCGGCUUUGCAGUCGAAAAAUGACUUCUACCAGGCGUUUGAGGAAUCGACUGUAUCAACGCUAGCCAACUAUGUCAUCGGUGGAAGAACUAAAGCUGCUGAAGGAAUGACCGUGGACCUCGCAGUUACACGAUUCCUGCUCGAAGACUACGAGGUGGCGGCAUCUUAUUUUCAUCAACUGACCCCGUUCUACGCGAAAGAUGACUGGUCGGACUUGGAAUUGCUCAUGCUUGACUUGUACGCCCAGUGUCUUCAUCAUAUGGAGCGAAAUGAGGAUUACGUCCGCAUUGGAUUGAAGGUAUUGGCCAAGACGAUUCAAAGCAAGGCCGCUAUCAAACAGCAACCACAAGAAACAUUGACGAAGCUUGCAAAUAUUCACCAGCCUCGAAAGUGUGCGAUGGGCAGUUUAAGUGGUAUCUUAAGCGCCUCGAAAUCACUGAAAGAACUGGUAUCACUACCGAUGGAUACUUACUUCGACCCUAUCGACAUGGGAAUGUAUGUUCGUCAUUCGCCUGACGACGAUGGCUUUCAAUUUCCACUUGUGUUAAGGAGUCUUUUACCAGAAAGCUUCCUGGCCGAGUCAGUGCGAGUGCAAAUUCUCAGCGUAGAAGAGGAUCAGCGCUCUGAGCUUUGGCUCCAUGCCAACGGCCAAAAUAUCGAACCCGGCACGUCUAGUAUAUGGCUUGGUUCAAAUACGAUGUUCCCAGCCUGUCUUUCUCCGCCAUCCGACGGCCUCCCCUUCGCGAGUUCCAGAUACUCGACAAUAUCUGGACUCACCAAUCGACGACGUUUGCUACUCUGGCCCCAGUUCAGAAGCCUUGAAGCUCGCCUGUCUCAUUCAGAACACAUCCAUCUCGAGCGAACAAAGUCCAUCGCCGUGAAAAUAUCCAGCGGCUGGAACGAAAUAAUUCAAGGUAGGCUAUCAUUACGAGCUGCCUCUGCAGGGCUUCGACUUCACACCGCCCGGGCGGAAAUCUGGAACGGCAAAGUCGCUAUUACAGACAAGUCACAACCCGGCAGUAUCUUCUUCGGUCAAUUUCAUUCGAAUAUCACUGCCGACGUGAACAUUCCCUACAGCCUUGAGAGUGAUCUCAAAGAGAUUGUGGUGCGUGCUGAGGUCACUUACGCUACUGAACGCGGGGAAUUCGUUUACGCUUGCGGUUCGAAAAUCUCUACUGUUCUUCCAAUAACAAUCAAUGUUCGAGAUACUUUCAAGAAGAGUGCCCUUUUCUCCACAUUCACUGUGGGCACUGCAAAUUCGAUCCCUGUCAAAAUAUUGAAAUGCACCGUCGAGGGGAACGAAGAUUUUAGUGCAACCUCGCAAAUCCUAGACAGCGGCGAGCAUGAUGUUUUCGUUCGCCAGCCACUUUCCUUGAUCUCAAGAAUAUAUCGUACCUUGCGGGGGAAGCGUGACUUGGAUGCAAACGAAACUGCACAGAGAAAAUUGUUUCUACACGUCGAGUAUCGAUGUCUGGAUCAAGAGAUCCUCACAGUAGCUGAAAUUAUUUGUCUAAAGGCCCUCGCAGCUACGCCUAUGCAAAAGCUUUCGCGCUUGUUGACGCCUGCAUUGCUUGAGACAUUACAUUCGAGGUUUUCGACUCAACAGCUCGAGAUGGCUGGCCUUCUCCGUGAGAUCGACGUAGGCACGUUUGAUGAUUACGGCUGGGACUCUUCGAUACUUGCUGGCCUUCCACCGGAUCUUGGAGAGGAGCUCGCUAGAUGGUUGAGAAAUUGGCACGACGAUCAUCCCACGAUCUCGUUUAGGGAUAUUGAUCGAACGUUGCGGAGGCAACAUCUUACGGUUCCAUUCGAUGUACCUCAUGUACAGAUUUUGCAUACAGUACAAAUGCGUCCCAUGCAUAAUCGUGCAGCGCCAUGUUUGCAGCCGGACUUUCUCGCCCUCGGAUCUGCCUUGCCAUUGGAGGUCGUCAUACGUCACACACGCAAGUGGUGGGAUGGUGAUGCGAGGUCAAGAAAUGAUGGCAAACCCUUGGACUUCAAGUAUGAAGUGCAUGCUCUUCCCGAUGAUUGGACUAUUGGGGGACAGAGGAAGGGCCAUUUUAGCGCAAAGGCAGAUGAGAAUUUAAACUUUGCAAUUAUCCUCUUGCCACAACGUACAGGUCACUUGAUGUUUCCUUCCAUUGACAUACAUCUUUCUCAUCCACCCCAUGUUUCACACCGGCCUGACGAUCGAGAAGAUUCGGCAGAAUCAUGGAUUUCCUGUGAGACGGAUUACCAACACCAGUCCGAAACAAUCCUGGUUGUCUCUGGUCUGAGUAGCACGACUGUCAGCAUCGAUCCUAGUAGCAUGUCAAGACCUAGGGUUGCCGUAUUGCUUACGUUGCCCACGAGCACACGCCCAGGGUCUGAUCUCGCUCCAAUCGACGCGGGAACUCCUUCUGACUCCAUUGCUUCGCCACUGAUAGCCUUGGAGAUGAAGAAUGGGCACGGUCAAUCGACUGUCAAAGAAACAAUGGGUAAUUGA